AUGUCGGGCCAAGGGGCCGCGCCGUCGGGGGCGGUGCUGGUGCCCGUAGCGCGGGAUGAGAACGGGGCCGUGAGCGAGGUGCUCGAGGUGCUGGCGGCGGAGAUGCCGAACGCGGAGAACUUCACGAGUAUACUGGGGCGACUGGAGGCGCCGCCGCAGGUCUGGGUCGACGCUGUGCGGGCGUAUGCGGCGGAGGGGCGCGGAGACGAGUUCGCCAAGCUCUCCAAGGUGUUUGUGGAGAACCUGGAGGUCUUCCAGCAAUCGUUCACACUCGAAGAGGCCACAGUUGUGGAGGUGUUCAUGCACUGCGCCAUCGCGGAGCACUGCGUGACGCAAGCGGGCGACCCGGGCCUCAGCAGCGCCGAGCAGGGAGCCCUCUUCAAGGCCGCGGAGGACAGUCUGAAGUCGGCCCUCCUGGCUGGACCCCAGGAACAGCUGCCUUACGUGGGCCGCGGCCUGCUCGAGCUCCGGCGGCCCGCGCCCAAGUACGACCGAGCGGAGACGCACUUCAGGCGCGCCGCGAAUCUCAAGAACGCCGGCGAGAAGAACGUCGCGCCGCACGUAGGACUUGGCAUCUGCAGCUACGCACAGAAGAAAUGGGGCGACGCGCUGCGGCACUUCGCGGCCGCGCUGAAGCAGUGCCCCUCGAGCCCGCCCUUCGUCCGCCUCGCGAUCGGAGCGUGCCACUUCAAGUUGGGAAAUCUCGACUCGGCGCGCGCCGCCUUCCUGAGAACCCUCGACCUCGACCCCGCGAGCGCCGACGCCCACGUGGCGCUCGCGACCAUGGACCUCAACGCCGCCGCGGACGCCACGGCCGCCGAGCGGCCCGCGGACGCCGAGCGGCACCUCACCACUGGCCUGUCACACACCGUGCAAGCGCUUAAGUGCCGGCCAGCGCACCCGGGCGCGCUGUACCUCCUGUCGUGCCAGGCGCUCGUGCGCGAACAGUACGAGCGCGCCGCGGCGCUCGCGGAGGCGUCCGCGGGCGCGCUGGCGGGGGACGUGCAGGCGGAAGCGCAGUGCGUUGUUGGGCGGUCGCGGCACGCGCUGGCGAGCCAGGAGCCGGACAGCAGGAAGGCCGUGAUGAUGCGGCAGCAGGCGAUGCAGGCGUACCGGCAGGCCGCGGGGCCGCGCGGGGCGCGGGCGGCGCUCCCCCACUUGGGGCUGAGUCAGCUCUUUCUGUCCUCCCGGCAGGCGACCGACACGCACAACGCGGUCGUCGAGCUCGACCGCGCGCUCUCCGUCUCCCCCGCGGACCCCGACGUCCUCGCCAUCGCCGGCCGCCUGUGCCCCGCGGCCACGCCCGCCCAGCUUGUUUCCCUGGCGGCACACGUGCACAAGGUGCCGCUCGCGCGCGUGGCCUCGACGCGGUCGCUCGAGGUCAUCGCGGAGCUGCUCGCCGCGACGGAUCUGACCCGCGCGCGCGCCGUCCUCGACGAGGCUGUCGCGCGGCACCGCCCCGGGCUUGCCGCCGUGGGGGACCCGCAGGGCCGUGCGGCGGGCGGGGAGUCCCCGGCGCUGUGGCGGCUGUUCAACAACGCGGCCGUGCUGCGGAUGCACCUGGGCGAGGACCUCGAGGGCGCGCGCGCGCUGCUGACGGCGGCGCGGGAGGAGCUGGAGGCGGCCGGGGGCGGGGCGCCUGCGGCGGUGCAGGUGACGCUGUCGUUCAACGAUGCGCGGCUGUGCGAGGCGGAGGGGCGCUAUGCGGACGCGCGGCGCGGGUACGAGGAAAUCCUGGCCGGCGUGCCGGGCAUGGCGGAGUGCUACGUGCGGCUGGCGUCGAUCGCGCGCGCCUCGGGCGACCACGCAGGGGCGCUGGAGCGCCUUGCCGCCGCGGACGCGCACUGCAAGGACGACGUGGACGUGCUCGGGAUGCGCGCGCUGCUGCUGCUCGAGGACGCCAAGCACUCACCUGCGAAGGAGUGCGUCGACGCGGUUCUGAAGAAAAAGACCCCGGGGGGCGUUUCAGCACAGGACCAGUACAUGACGUGCAUGAAGGGCGCGAUCAACGUCGCGGCGUGCCCGCCGAUCCUCACCAAGCUCGACGACAGGAAGCGCGCCGAGUACGCGAGGACAGCGGCCACUUGCUACGAGAAGGUGCUGUCGCACCCGGAGGGCAGCGGCAACCUGGUGGCCGCGGCCGGGAUGGGGAUGGCGUUGAUGAUGCGGGGCGGCUUCAAGGAGGCCGCGGACGUGCUUGGCCGCGUGGUCGACGCCGCGAGCGUGCCAGGGUCGCCGGCGCUGCCGGAGGCGCUGGUGUCGCUGGGGACGUGCCACCUGGCGAUGGGCGACGCGCUCACGGCGGUCAAGCUGUACCGCACGGCGCUGCGGAAGUUUUACAAGAACGGCGACACGCGCGUGAUGCUGUUCCUCGCGCGCGCCCUGCACGACGCCGGCCGCGGCAGCGAGGCGCGCGUGGUGCUGGCGCGCGCGCUGCACGUGGACCCCACCAACCACACGCUGCGGUACAACGCGGCGUACGAGCUGCAGCACGGCGCGAUGGCCGUCCUGCAGGACGCCGCGGCCGACAAGCUCCCGCACGGCGACGAAGUCCGGCUCGUCAACGGAGCCGCCGAGGCGCUGGCGGUCGCACUGCGGCACCUCCGCGCGCUCGCGGAGCUCGAGAAAGCGCAGACGCGUCUCUCGAGCUCGAUGCUGCAGGUCCAGAUCGCGUUCUGCUCGAGCAACCUCGAGCAGGCGCAGAAGCUGUGCGAGCGCGCUGCGGCGCGGGCGGCGCAGCGGCAGGCCGUGCAGGCCAAGGUGCGGGAGAAGCUGGAGGCGCAGCAGGCGAUGGAGGCGGCGCAGAAGGCCCUGGAGGCGGCGCGGCGGCGGGCGGAGGAGGGCCGCCGGCUGAAGGUCGCGGAGGAGGAGAAGAAGCGGACGCAGGUGCUGCGGGCGAGGCUGACGGCGGUGGCGCGCGGCACGGUGGCGACGGAGCGCGCGGAGGAGGGCGACGGCGACGGGGAGGCCGGGGGCGGCGACGACGCGGCGGAGCGGGGCUCGGCCGACGAGCGCGAGCUGCUCAAGGGGGCGGGGCUGGACAGCGACAGCGACGACGAGGCGGGGGCGCCGGCGAACGGCGCUGGCGGCGCGAGCGCCGAGGCCGCCGAGGCCGCCGAGGCCGCUGGCGGCGCGGACACCGAGGAUGCGGACGCGGCGGCGGGGCGCAAGCGCGAGCGCUCGGCGAGCCCGCCGUCCGCGCCCGCUGACGCAGCAGGCGAGGAUGCGGCCGGCCCCGAGGCGAAGCGCCCGCGUGCGCUGGUCGACUCGGACGACGAGUAG